CUCCCCAUCCCAAAGCCAAACGCAAACACGCCCUACCGAAACCAAAAAAAUGGCCACGCGUCACCUCCUCCCUCUUCCUCUUCUUCCCAUUCCCCUGGUCUACAAAACCCUUCUCCGUUUCCCCAGCAAACCACUCGCCCCUCAUCCCCGCACGCUCUGCUCCUCUGCCGCUUCCUCCUCCUCUUACUCAUCCAUGGCGUCGAUUCCGAAGAAGGUCCUCGUUCCCAUCGCCAAUGGCACGGAGCCGAUGGAGGCGGUGAUCACGAUCGACGUCCUACGCCGCGCCGGUGCCGACGUCACCGUCGCCUCCGCCGAGAAAGACCUCCGCGUGGACGCCUGCUGGGGGGUCAAGCUGGUCGCUGACGCCCUCGUGGCCGACGUCGCGACCGCCUCCUUCGACCUCAUCUCCCUUCCCGGAGGGAUCCCGGGCUCGGAUACUCUCAGGGAUUGUGGAGUGUUGGAGAGUAUAGUGAAGAAGCAGGCUGAAAAAGGUGGGCUUUAUGCGGCGAUCUGUGCUGCGCCUGCUGUUGCCCUUGGAUCAUGGGGCUUGCUUAAAGGUCUAAAGGCGACUUGUUAUCCUUCAUUCAUGGACAAACUGCCCUCAGAUGCAACCGCAGUGGAGUCGAGGGUCCAAGUUGAAGGUCAAGUUGUCACAAGCCGUGGACCAGGAACAGCUAUGGAGUAUUCUUUGGCUUUGGUCGAAAAACUUUACGGGAAAGAUAAAGCAGAUGAAGUUGCAGGGCCCAUGGUCAUGCGUCCACAUCAUGGAGUUGACUUUGCCAUGACUGAGAUAAACUCUACAUCAUGGAAGUUUGAUUCUACACCUCAGAUUCUUGUUCCGAUUGCAAAUGGCUCAGAGGAGAUGGAGGCCGUGAUGAUAAUUGACACUUUGCGCAGAGCAAAGGCCAAUGUUGUGGUAGCAUCAGUUGAAGAUAAGCUAGAAAUCGUGGCAUCUAGGAAAGUGAAGCUGAUAGCUGACAUGCUUCUGGAUGAGGCCAUUAAGUUGCAAUACGAUCUCAUUGUUCUGCCGGGUGGCCUUCCUGGUGCUCAAGCAUUUUCAAAUUCAGAGAAGCUGGUCAAUUUACUCAGAAAGCAGGCAGAAUCUAGUAAACUUUACGGAGCAAUAUGUGCGUCACCAGCGAUAGUCUUGGAGACCCAUGGUCUGCUUAAAGGUAAGAAGGCAACAGCAUAUCCAGCAAUGUGCGACAAGCUUUCGGACCAAAGCUACUGCGAGAACAGAGUGGUGGUCGACGGGAACCUGAUCACAAGCAGAGGCCCAGGGACGUCGUUAGAGUUUGCAUUGGCCAUUGUCGAAAAGCUCCUUGGUCGCCAAAAGUCUCUUGACCUUGCAAAAAGUAUGGUUUUCGUAUGAUCACUAGGCCUAUUACGUUUAAGUGAAUGUUUUGCAAGGGUUAGACAAUUUCCGUGUAUAACCGACUGUUUGAGCUGCUUGUAAGUAGCCCUUGAGAAUAAUCCUUUUUAUGUACGUGCGUGUGUUACGGUA